AAAAGGGUUGCUAAAUAGGCGAGAGCGUGCGGGAAGGCGGGAGCCAGCCAGCCAGCGACGCCCAGCCAUGCCCUACCCUAAGCUCAACCCUAUACCCUCUCCCUCCCUGGCUCUGCUGGCGGACAAGAAGAGUGGAGCUCGGAUCUAGCGCACGGGCCGCGCCCCGCCGCCGAAUCUCUGUGGUUUUGGGGCUCAUCUCGCGCCCCGCCAAUGCCUGCCACGGAUCGGGGCAUGGCGCCUAGAGGGUUUGUUGGAUCUCGCUUCUUGGCAUGAGCAAGGUGCAUGGCAUGGAUUCUCCUAAACGGGAGCAGUGUCUGCCUCCCUGCGGGGAACUCCAGGGGUCUCCACUGUUUAAGUUCCUGUGUAGCCUUUCUCCUAUCAAGCAGGCCAAGUCCGCUCAUGUCGCCCAGACGUACUCGGAACUAAGCUUCCCAGCACCUCUUCCAGUCUUCGUCUCGCCCAAAAAGAAGAGAGAACGCGCUGGAGUUGCUCGCACUAGCGGCGCUACUUCUCGCGAGUCCGAAACGACUGAGGCGUCCGAUUUAACUUGCUCACCUCCUGCCGAAGAAGUGCUCAACCAGCAACAGAAAAACACGUCCGAUACAUCAGCAGAUGCUACCGAAGAAAUACCCUCCAAACAAGAUGCAACGCUGGCUAGUUUUCUUCCCGGCCAAGACCAUACCCCCGAGGGUGCAGCGUCAUUCAAGAACUCGGGUGACGAGCCGGACAGCGAGGCUGCCAAUUUGGAGGUUGCAAACAUGGAAAAGCUGGCAAUUACUGGACACACAGAUCACACAGACUCUACUGUCGAAGAUGUGCGGACGAGUAGGAACCAGCGGGGAGCCAGACGGAGAUGCCUGGAUUUUCAGUCCGACUCGCAAGAGUCGAAUGCCGAAAAUCUUAGCUGCAUUGUGUCUCCUGGUGUCUCCUCGACGCCAACCUCCGGGCCAGAGUCUCUUAGUACGCUUAUUAGCAGUUUGUCCGGUUCUGGAUGCUCUGAUUCUUGUAAGAAGCUCAUGCGGGAGGCCGUCCCAUCUGGUAUCGGUUUGCAUCUCAACAGUCUGGGACUGCUCACGGCACCACGAGGGGUUUCACUUCAGUCGCUCGUAUCGUGCUCGCAAGAGAUGCAAAGUGCUGAAGGAUUUGCCUUGUGUGGACAAGGUCCUAUGAACUUGCGGCCUGGCCUUUUGUUCUCAGUCGUGGAGAAGACAAGAAUGGAGCAGGAGGUGCAAGGUACUUCUGGUUCCCAGGAAGGCUUACUUACGUCAACUACGUGCGUCCGAUCUCUUACGCUUGGUAUUCAAGCAAUGGACGAGGGUACUCCGUUUGGGAUUGAACAGGUGGUGACACCAGGGAGGAAGCGCUUGUCAAUGCAAAGCGAUUCCAUGGAUGGUGAAAUGGGCCGGACUCCUAAAAAGAGGAGGAAGUCUCUUGGAGAAAAAGCUGGCGACGGCUGCAAGCGAUGUCACUGCAAAAAGUCGAAGUGCCUAAAACUAUAUUGCGAAUGCUUUGCCGCUGGAGUCUAUUGCCUUGACUCUUGCGCCUGUCGGGACUGCUUCAACAAGCCCGAGUUUGCUGACACAGUCAUGGGAACCCGUCAGCAAAUCGAAACUCGUAAUCCAUUAGCAUUUGCUCCCAAAAUUGUACAGACAUCUGAUAACACACCGACGGAAGGGCCCAAUUGCCCCGAUACAACAGGAUCUGCUAGGCACAAGCGCGGCUGUAACUGCAAGAAGUCGCUGUGUCUGAAAAAGUACUGCGAAUGCUACCAGGCUGGCGUUGGCUGUUCGGAUGGAUGCAAGUGUAAUGGCUGCAAAAACAUUUACGGCAUCAAGAAAGCUCAAGACGAAGCUGAUCCAUUGGAAGACCCACACCCACUCCAGAUCAAUAGCAACAGUUCUUUAACCAGCCUCAGCCCAAUAACCCCCACGCUGAUCCAGCAUGCAUCUGUAUGCACCAGCAUUGUGCCAUGCGACUCGACAAAUACGCCUUCAUCGACAACUCCAGCCACAUCAGUGAGCAAGCUCAUGGACUCCAACAGCUUGGCUUGGGACGAGACCCCCGAGUUUCUGAGAGCCCCGCGCUCGUCUCCCAGGUCGAUGCUCAACGACCUGCUGUCGUCAGACGAAGCUCCCGAGUUCAUAAGAGCUGAGCGCUCGUCUCCCAGGUCGGGGAUCAAGGGCUCGCCAAAGCAAAAGCGAGUGGCCCCUCCCAACGCCGGCCUGCUCGCCGCUGGUGGCGCCCCGUCGUCUUCCUCGGUCCUCAAGAGCGGCAGGAAGCUCACUCUGCAAUCACUCCCGUCACUUCCGCCGGUGACACCGUUUUCGUUUCCACACCAGGGAUGCAAACGUAGCUGAAGGAAAAGGCCGCGCUCCUUCACUUUCGGUAAAACAAACCUGUAUUUGUAUGGACCAAGUGGGAUGCUGCCUGUCCCAAAGUGAGAUAUAAAUAUAUAUAUAGAGUGAAAUGGUCCUCGUUGACUGUCCAA